AUGAAGUACCUAGCCGCUUACCUACUAUUGACCCAGGGUGGUAACGAAUCCCCAUCUGCUGCUGACAUCAAGACCGUCAUCGAAGCUGUCGGUGUCGAAGCUGAUGAAGCCAGAAUCUCUGCUUUGCUAUCCUCUUUGGAAGGUAAGGGUUCUUUGGACGAGAUCAUUGCUGCCGGUGCCCAGAAGUUCGCUUCUGUCCCAGCUGGUGGUGUCGCCUCUGCUGCCGGUGCCUCCGGUGCCGCUGCUGGUGGUGCUGCUGAAGCCGCUGAAGAAAAGGAAGAGGAAGCCAAGGAAGAAUCCGAUGACGACAUGGGAUUCGGUUUGUUCGACUAA